GCACAUGUUCAUGAGCCCCCACCACCCAGAGGGAGCACUGUUGUGGACUGGGACGAUCAUGGAGUCGCCCCUUUAAAUCCUGCACGCCCCGCCUGCUCCCGCCCCCUUACCCUCGAGGGAGAAAUCCCCGCCUUCCCGCCCCAAACUGGAGCCGAUUGGCUUCUAACAGGCGCAAUGAGAUCCACCGAGCCCUCUGAGGCCCCGCCCACUCCUUUGACCCCGCGGGACUAGAAGGCACAGGAGCAAUUGCACUGCUCGGACUCCAGCGGAAACCACGCCCCCUCCAAUCCUUAAAGGGCCAGAAGCAGCUCCUACUGCUCCUGCCCUUCCGCACUUUUGGGGGGCAGGGUGCGCAGGCGCAGUGGGGGACCUCUGGGGUGGGGGUAGUGGUCGAGUAUCAAGUUGCUCUCUGUCCCGGCAGAAGAAGCCAGAGCGCUGACUAUCCAGGCUCCAGCUUGCUCCCCGCUACAUCAAUUGGAGGGGAAAAGUUUGUGAAUUGGGCCUCCAAGUUUUGGGGGAUCCGGGCUUGCGGCGAGGGGUGACAGAGAAGGUUCGUGGAAGGGGCCUCCAUUAGCUCCCCCCUCCCGCCCCCUCCCAUGGAGCUCACCCAGCCUUCAGAGGACCUCAGCCUGACCCAGCAGCCUCCCACCCCAGAAUUUGGGGAAUCUGAAGACCCCAGGGAUGAGGCCCAGGAUGGCUCAGACACAGUGGUGCUCAGUCUCUUCCCCUGCACCCCAGAGCCUGGGAACCCUGAACCAGAUGCUGGCGCCUCUUCACCUCAGGGAAACUCCCUAAAGCACUCCACGACCCUCACCAACCGGCAGCGGGGGAAUGAGGUCUCAGCCCUGCCGGCCACCCUGGACUCCCUGUCCAUCCACCAGCUUGCAGCCCAGGGAGAGCUGAGCCAGCUGAAGGAGCAUCUGAGGAAAGCUUUGGGGAGAGUGGGCAGGGGUGCAGCCCAGUGGUACCAACCCCUCCUGCCAGGCGACAACCUCAUCAACAAGCCGGACGAGCGUGGCUUCACCCCCCUCAUCUGGGCCUCAGCCUUCGGAGAGAUAGAGACCGUCCGAUUCUUGCUUGAGUGGGGUGCCGACCCCCACAUCCUGGCCAAGGAGCGGGAGAGCGCCCUGUCACUGGCCAGCACAGGUGGCUACACAGACAUCGUGGGGCUGCUGCUCGAGCGUGAUGUGGACAUCAACAUUUACGACUGGAAUGGAGGGACGCCACUGCUCUAUGCCGUGCGUGGGAACCAUGUGAAGUGCGUGGAGGCCUUGCUGGCCCGAGGAGCUGAUCUCACCACUGAAGCUGACUCUGGCUACACCCCAAUGGAUCUCGCUGUGGCUCUGGGAUACCGGAAAGUGCAACAGGUGAUCGAGAACCACAUCCUCAAGCUCUUCCAGAAUAACCUGGUGCCCGACGAUCCUGAGUGAAGGCCCCCCCCCCCCCCCCCCCCGCGCGCGGACUCAGACACUCAGGG